UAACUUUGAAGAAGGUCAAAUAGGACAAUUUCUAUCGGUCUAUGCACCUAGAUUACCUAGAAGAUUAAAAUAUUUAAGUUGAUUUAGUUAUUGGUUGGAUUACCUUUCGUUGAAAUGUGAGUGGAAUUCAAAGUCUUAAUGUUAUUAAAACUUUUAUUCAGAAGUUUUUCUUCUACUUCAAAGCCCUUUAAGUGUAGCGCAGUUAAAGCCAUGGGUCGUAAAUUUACUGUUGGUGGUAAUUGGAAGAUGAAUGGAGACAAAGCAACUUAUGAUGGGUUAAUCGCAAAUUUAACAUCAAAUUGUUUGGAUAAAGAAGUUGAUGUUGUAAUAGGGGCGCCAGCAUGCUAUUUAGAAUAUGUACGUACCAAAUUACCAUCCACUAUUGGUGUGGCUGCUCAAAAUUGUUUUUACAAAAAAAGUGGAGCAUUUACCGGUGAAAUAUCUCCUGAAAUGAUCUUAGAUAAUAAGUGUGACUGGGUUAUUAUUGGACAUUCUGAAAGGAGACAAAUUUUUGGUGAAACAGAUCAAAUGAUUGCUGAAAAAGUAAAUUAUGCGUUAUCGGUUGGAUUAAAAGUGAUUUUCUGUAUUGGAGAAACUCUUGAAGAACGUGAGGCUGGAAAAACUCAUGAAGUAUGUUUCAGACAAAUGCAAGCGGCUGCUGAUAAAGUUAAAAACUGGGAUAACGUAGUUGUUGCAUAUGAACCUGUAUGGGCUAUUGGUACUGGUAAAGUAGCCACGCCCGAACAAGCUCAAGACGUACAUGCUGCUUUAAGAACAUGGGCUAAAGAUAAAUUAAGUCCUGAAAUUGCUGAAGGUUUACGAAUUAUUUAUGGUGGAUCAGUUACAGCUGAUAAUGCUCCAUCUUUAAGUAAACAACCUGAUAUUGAUGGAUUUUUAGUAGGAGGUGCUUCAUUAAAACCAGAAUUUGUUAAAAUAAUCAACUGUAAAAGCGACUGAAUAUGUGCCUUAAUUACGAUUUUAAGUUAUGUAUAUUAUCAACAACCAUCAUAUCCUAUAAAUAACAUUGGUAUUAUUAUCGCUUUAUGAUGUAAAAUAUAUACACUUUAUCUUGAAUAUACAAUAUUUUAUUUUUUAA